GAAAUGUUUCUAUAUAACAAAGUUCUUCAUCUAGUUUCCACCGUUAAUGAAAGUUUCCCCCUUUCGGUGCUCUGUUGGAUUAGAAAGUUAUCUCUUGAUAACGAGUUUUAAAUUAAAUACCUUUUUAUUUGUUGCCAUCUAUUAAUAGAAAAUCAAAUAAUUCUUGAUCCCCAAAUAAAAAAAAGGAUAAACAUAUUUUAGAUUAAAAAAUUUUAUGAAAUAUUUGUCACUUAUAAACUGAGCCAGCAAAAUUAGUAGCAGUGGAAUGUCCUCGAAUCGAAAUGAUAUAUAUUUCAUCUUGUUCGAUUUCAUAAGGAUUUGUUUGUUUACUUUUAACAUGGACAACAUGCUGUUUGCGCGUGCAAUUUAAAUUUAUCAGGGGUUUUUUGUGAAUUAUUAUGGAAGAAUUAAGUCCUUCUUCAACUUGUGAACUUGGGCAGAAAGAAUACUGGGAUCAGUUUUAUUCUGUUGAAUUGAAAAAUUUUGAAGAUCAUGGAGAUAUUGGUGAAAUCUGGUUUAGGAAGAAAAAUCUUGAGCGAAUUGUGAAAUGGCUGGAAAAAAAUAAAGUAGAGAAGUCUGCACCAAUUCUUGAUAUAGGAUGUGGGAAUGGUAUGACAUUGAUAACUUUGGCUAGAUCUGGGUUUGAAGACUUAACUGGUGUGGAUUAUUCAGAAAAAGCCAUACAGUUAGCUCAAAAGAUUGCUGAAAGUGAAAAUGUGAAAGCAAACCUGGAAGCGUUGGACUUUCUAAGCCCUAGCGAUCCAAGCACACUGAAUUCAAAAAAUUUUCAAGUUAUAAUUGAUAAAGGAACAUAUGAUGCAAUAUGUCUAGAUAUUGAACAUGUAGAAGAAAAAAGAAGACAGUAUAUACAACAAAUUCUUAAUUUGUUAUCCUCAAAUGGAUACUUUAUUCUCUUUUCAUGUAAUUGGACAAAAGAUGAACUUCAGCAACAUUUCAAAGAUUUUUGUUUGCACGAUGAAAUUGAUAUCCCCACCAUAAGCUUUGGAGGUAAAACUGGCCGAACUGUUACAGCACUCAUAAUGAAAAAAAGUCCAUAAAUAGCAUAAAACCAUAGGUGUCUAAUUUGGUGAAGUGAAAUAAAUGGUAAAAGUGUAGUUUAGUGUGCCCCUUGUCGUGCCAAGGAUGCCAAAAAAGAUGGCAGUCAAAAUAAACAAACAUUUCUGAAAAACAGUUAUAAUUAUUACUUUCUGCAUUAAAAUUAUGAACUUACUGAUAAGUAUUGUAAUUUUUAUUUUAAUCUGAGAUUUAUUUUUAAAAAUUUUUAAUCUUUGGGAUCAUUAUUGCUGCUUAUCUUAACAAUUUUGAAAUGAAGUUUUUCAAACUGGUUGUACCAGUUUGUUGUAUAAAGAUCAAAAUUCAGUUCUUUCAGCAUCUGAAGAAGGCACCAGGCAGAAUUUUUUAACAUAAAGGAAAAAAACAUCCUAGGGCUUUGCUAGCAGAGGGUAUGGGAACCUAGUAGCUUCACUAGCACAUUGAACAUAAGGACUGUGUCGAUAACAGGAACAGUACAUACAAACAAACAACCUUUCCUAACUUCAUCAACAGCAUAAAUGUAUAUUCCACUCACUCUUCAUCAGUUCUGCAGCUUCAAAAUACUUCCUGCCAUCCCAUUCACCAGACAUCCAUUCUUGCAUAAUUAUUGAUAUAACAAAUUAUCAAGGGAACGAUCAAAGCACAAAAAGAAUUAUAAUUGUAAGGAAUUUCAUUGCAAUAGAUUUUUAAAGUAAAAAUUCAGAUGAUAUUUUAAAGCACAUACCGACACUUAAAAAUUGCAAAAAAAUAAAUAUUUUCUGUUUGUAUUCAAAUUAAAAAUAAAAUUGCAGUGCCUUAUUAGAAGUAAAACAACUUUUAAUUAUAAUACAAAACUACAUUAAAAUCUUUAAUCGAUAUAUUAUUUUAACAUUUUUCAUAAAAUAAUUGUAGUUUAUGUACAACUCAACCAUUGCAAAAAGUAGUAAAUAAAACAGCACUAGGAUUGCUAUAUUGCCAACAAACUCAGGAGGCAUACUAAACUACACUUCAAUCAAAUAAUUUUGUAUAAAACAAAAUCCUUUAUAUCUGUGAUAUCAAAAAAGAAACAAAGUCUUUAAAUGGCUCAAAAUUCACAUACCUAAAAUUAACUGAAUUAUAUAUAUGGUCGGUUUUUGGUUUUAUAUUUUUAAUCUCCUCAUUUUUUUUUU